AUGUCCCUCUGUGCGUCGUCCCACAAGGAUUUCCCCCAGCUGCCGCCGAUUCAAGAGCUCGGACACAGCAAAACGGAAGGGAAAAGCACCCUCUCGGAGCUCAGCUCUGCUAUUCCUUUCAAUUGCAGCCAGUCCGCCCUGGCCGUGGAACACAGCCCGAUCUACAUCCCUUCCUCCUACGUGGAAAACAGGCACGAGUAUUCUGCGAUGGCCUUCUACAGCCCUGCUAUGAUGAAUUACAACAUUCCUGGCAAUUUCAACGAUUCUGAAAGCGCAGCUAUACGGCAGACGUCGAGCCCAAGCGUGUUGUGGGCUGCUCCCGGGCACAUCUCGCCUUUGACUUUACACUGCCAGCCAUCGGUUUUAUACUCGGAGCAACCCAAGAGUCCGUGGUGUGAAGCAAGACCUGUGGAUCAUGUCCUGCCUAUGCACAGGGAGACUCUGAAGAGGAAGCCCAACGGCAGUGACUGCACAAGCCCCAUAACCAACAGCCCUGGUUCCAAACGGGAUGCGCACUUCUGUGCUGUGUGCAGCGACUAUGCCUCGGGGUACCAUUAUGGCGUCUGGUCAUGCGAAGGGUGCAAAGCGUUCUUCAAACGAAGCAUUCAAGGGCACAACGAUUAUAUUUGUCCGGCUACAAAUCAAUGCACGAUAGAUAAGAACAGGCGGAAGAGCUGCCAGGCCUGCCGGCUCCGGAAAUGUUACGAAGUAGGAAUGAUGAAAUGUGGUUCAAGACGGGAGCGCUGUGGGUACCGUAUCAUACGCCGCCAUCGUAACUCGGAAGAUCCGGUGCAUUGCUUAAGUAAAGUGAAAAAGAAUCCUGAAAAUACCGCCCAAAUUAAAGAGAUCCUUGUUAACGUGCUGAGCCCGGAACAGUUCAUUUCAAUAUUACUCGAAGCUGAGCCCCCAAACGUAUUGGUCAGCCGUCCCAGCAAGCCAUUUACAGAAGCUUCCAUGAUGAUGUCUCUGACGAAACUCGCUGACAAAGAACUGGUCCAUAUGAUUGGCUGGGCCAAAAAAAUUCCCGGGUUCAUAGAGCUCAGUCUGUAUGACCAAGUCAGGCUUUUGGAAAGUUGUUGGUUGGAGGUCUUAAUGGUGGGCCUGAUGUGGAGAUCCAUCAAUCAUCCUGGCAAGCUCAUAUUUGCGCCAGACCUUGUGCUAGACAGGGACGAGGGGAAGUGCGUGGAAGGAAUUUUGGAAAUCUUUGACAUGCUCUUGGCGACAACUUCAAGGUUUCGAGAGCUGAAACUGCAGCACAAAGAAUAUCUGUGUGUCAAGGCUAUGAUCCUCCUCAAUUCCCACAUGUUCCCACUAUCAUCCGCAACUGAAGAACCCGAGAGCAACAAGAAGCUGCACCAUCUGCUGAACGCAGUUACCGACGCUUUAGUGUGGGUCAUUGCAAAAAGCGGAAUCCCGCUGCCUCAACAGACCACUCGCCUGGCCAAUUUGCUGAUGCUUCUUUCGCAUGUCCGGCAUGCCAGUAACAAAGGGAUGGAGCACCUUCUCAGCAUGAAGUGCAAGAACGUCGUGCCGGUCUACGAUCUGCUUCUGGAAAUGCUCAACGCGCACACUGUCCGAAGUCACCGGAAAACUGCCGUCUCCCCUCUCGAGUAUAACCAGUCGGAACCGACAGAGACUUCAGAUGAAACGCCGCAGUGA